CGGGGAGUGGUGCAACCUGCAGCCCAAAGACGCCGCCAAGAUGCCCGAGAGCGCCUGGAAGUUGCUGUUCUACUCCGUGUCCUGGAGCUACGGCGCGUACCUGCUGUUCGGCACCGAGUACCGCUUCUUCCAGGACCCGCCCUCCGCCUUCCGCGGCUGGCGGCGCGGCAUGGAGGUGCCCGGGGACAUCGCCAUCGCCUACCUGCUGCAGGGCAGCUUCUACGGGCACUCGCUCUACGCCACCGCCUACAUGGACACCUGGCGCCGGGACUCGCGGGUGAUGCUGCUGCACCACCUGGUGGCCCUGGCGCUCAUCGCCUCCUCCUACGCCUUCAGGGUGCUGUGGGGAACCCCCAAAUCCACGGGGUGCUGCCUGACCCCGAUCCCAACCUGCCUGGCCUUCAGCCUCAGCUGGUUCUGGUUCCGUCUCUACUGGUUCCCGCUGAAGGUUCUGUACGCCACGUGCCACUGCAGCCUGCAGGCCGUGCCCGACAUCCCCUUCUACUUCUUCUUCAACGCGCUGCUGCUGCUGCUCACCCUCAUGAACAUCUACUGGUUCCUGGUGCGCCGCCGCGGGACCCAGCCCACGGGGACCCCUGAACCCCGCGGGGACCCCGAAACC